UUGUUGUUUCUUACUAGUAAAGGUUUUCUUUUGUAUGAUCAGAAUUAGAAAAAUGGAGCUCGAAGUCGUCCUGAUUGUGUUAUGUGUUCUCGUGGUUAUUACCAACAUGGCGGUUAUCUGUAUGGUGGUGUUCAUCAAGGAACUUAGAACUUUUACCAACUAUUUCGUCUUAUCUCUGGCUGUUUCUGAUGUGUUAGUGGGAGGAAUAAUGUUGCCGUUGAACCAUCCAUGGGUUCCAAGUUCUGAAGUCACUGGACACGUGAUAAUGAUAACCAUGUUGUCUGGAGUUGGGAACAUCUGUGCUGUUACAUGGGACAGAUAUGUAGCGGUCAUGGAGCCCUUUACCUAUCGAACCAAGCUGAAAAGGUAUUACAAGAAGAUCCUGAUCAUACUAUGGAUCACAGCUAUAACCUGUUCGUUAAUCCCUUUAGCGUGGAAGGAUGAGGAUACAUCUAUUUAUCAUAAAGUAUAUUAUGUGAUGACUAUAUUAGGGUUCGUAAUACUUCCAUAUUUGGCCAUCAUUAUUGGGUAUGUUCGUAUAUAUGCACGUCUCAGGUACCACACGGCGCAACUGAAAAGUGAAGGCAUCACACGUUCAAAGCGCGAAGGUGCACAAAGAGCAUCACUGGAAGGCAAGACAGUCAAAGUCUUUGUUGUUGUAGUUGUUCUUUUUCUUCUAAGCUGGGUUCCAGUUAUCUACAUGACCAUGGUCGACGGCGUCUUCCAGCAACCAAACCUCGUCCCCAGUCUGCUUCAGCGUUUUAAUCUUCUGGUGCUUGCCGUGUCAUCAUUGGUCAAUCCUUUACUUUAUGGCUUCAUGAAGAGGGAUUUCAACGGUCAAAUCAAACGCUGUUUAUGCUGUCUGAAAACUACGCCUGCUGUCCAUGCCUUAGCUAUGGAAACGACUCCAGUAAGAGCAUGCGCAGAAAAUUCCGCAUUUAAUUAAUUCCUCAUUUCUUCGCCUUACUAAAAUGCCUUGUGUAAAUGAGUAAAAAGAAGUUAGCUGAAUACAUAAACUUUUAAAACACUGCAAGUCAUAGAACCUCAUCAGACAAAAGACUUAAUCUUAUCAGAACAACUGCAAUUAAUACUUUACGAGCAGGUUACUCAAAAAUGAAAAAAAAACAAACAUAAUAAGUAAAUUUAAGGAAUAAAAUAAUAAAAUAAAACACGUUAACAGCGCGUAGAUACACAAAGUGCAUCACUGGAAGGCAAGACAGUCAAUAAAGUCUUUGUUGUUGUAA